ACUAUGUCACCAAGGGCGCGAGGGGCAGCCCAAGUGAACAUCGCUGGCAUCGGUCCCCUGGAUGUGGUAUACGAAGGCGUCAUAUGUCAGAUGAGUAUGAAGAUAAUCCGUACGGGACUGAGCUUAAUGGGCACACCCUGAAUGGACACAGUGAUGAACAUGAGGCUUUAGAGGAACAGAGCAGCCCGCGGGUGGUGAUCAAGAAGGAUGGCAGUCUGAGGGUGGAGUUCACCAACACCUCUGGGAACCCACUCCUCCUGGAUGAGGCUUCUGGCCCUGUACAACUCCUCAAGUUCUCUCCCAACGUGGAGUCUGCUUCCACUCCCAGUCUGCCUGGUUCCAGUGGUAGUAGGCAGGAUGGCCACCGCAGCGGUCCGCCGCCGGCCUCUACCUCCUCCACGGCCAGGACCAGCAAGGGAAGUUCACUGAGCUCUGAUGGCUCAUGGUACGAUUCCCCCUGGGGGCAAAGCACAGAGCUGUGUGAGCAAGACCAGCCCUGCUCUGCCAGCAGGACACUAGUUCACUCCCCCAUCCACCAGCUCGACUCUUUCACUGAACAAUCUCCCCCUGUGUCUAUCGCAGACCUCUACAGGGACUCCACAAUGGCUGCCACUUUUCCUACAGCCAGGGACCUGUCCUCCCAGUUACAGGACCCUCUGCCAGGCCCGAGGCCACACCGGGCCUCUUUUGCAUCCGUCCUGGAUGUGCCCUUGGAGGAAGAAUGCCCUGAACUCCGGCAGUACUCGUCAUACACCCUGCCUUGUCGCAGGCCCAAAGGUGCGCCAGAUUUCGUCUUCCACAAGAAAGACUCCAUCAAAAACCGCAUCAGACGCCUCAGUGACUGGACAGGCAGUCUCAGCCGCAAGAAAAGGAAGUCUCAGGAAACCAGGUACAAGGACCUGACCGAUGCGUUUGACAGUGGAGUCGAUGGCCUAACGGCAGACACCAGCUCCCCCUCCCAGGUCUCCAGCCUCCUCUGGUUCCCUGGAGCGUCCAGGGCCCAAUCUUCAGGAGCCAUUCACCAAACAACCAGCGAUGCCCUCCGCCAGAACAUUUAUGAGAACUUCAUGAGGGAGUUGGAGACGGGCACUGGACAGGGCGGAGGGGGAGGGGGCGAGAGGAGAGACCCGUCCACUGGCACCGAAGAGGGGGAGAGCAGCAGCGAGUCAGCGGAGGGCUCCCUGGAGCAGCUGGACCUACUGUUUGAGAAGGAGCAGGGUGUGGUCCGACGGGCCGGAUGGCUUUCUUUUAAACCCCUUGUCACACUGCACAAGGACAGGAAGCUGGAGCUGGUGAACCGCCGCAAAUGGAAGCAGUACUGGGUGACCCUGAAAGGAUGUACAUUGCUGUUCUAUGAGACUUAUGGUAAAGGUUCUCCGGAGCAGGAGCUGUCGCCUCGCUACGCUCUCUUGGCCGAGGACAGCAUUGUCCAGGCCGUUCCUGAGCAUCCCAAAAAGGAGAAUGUCUUCUGCCUUAGCAACUCAUACGGAGACGUCUACCUCUUUCAGGCCAGCAACCAGACCGACCUGGAGAACUGGGUGACAGCAAUCCACUCUGCCAGUGCCUCGCUGCUGGCCAAGCGCCAGGGGAAGGAGGAUACGGUGCGUCUGCUGCGGAGCCAGGUCCGAGGCCUGCUGCAGAAGAUCGACAUGGAUGGGAAGAUGAAGAAGAUGGCUGAGCUGCAGCUGACUGUGGUCAACGACCCAAAGAACCGCAAAGCUAUUGAGAACCAGAUCCAGCAGUGGGAGCAGAACCUGGAGAGGUUUAACAUGGAUCUCUUCAGGAUGCGAUGUUACCUGGCCAGUCUACAGGGUGGAGAGCUGCCCAACCCAAAGAGCCUGCUAGCUAUCGCCAGCCGCCCCACCAAAACCACCCUGGGACGCCUGGGGAUCUUCUCUGUGUCCUCCUUCCAUGCCCUGAUCUGUUCCAGAGAUGAGGCCACACUCAGGAGGCGCUCAUUGUCCCUGACUUAUAGACAGCGCAAGAGAGGACUUUUCUCCUCGCUCAAAGGCCUCGACAACCUUACAAAGAGAGGCCGGGACAAGAGGCCGUCUGCAUCACAGAUCUUUGACGGCGAUGCUGGAGGUCAAACUUACGCCUUGCCUCCCAGGAGCACUGAGAGGCUGGAUGUGCUGACCAGCAUCUACUCCAUGUCGCCCCCCGAGGGCGGUGUGUGGGACAGCAUCAGUUGUGCCACGGACGUGCUGACGUGUGUCUACAUGCCAGACGGCCUGACAGUCCAAGUUCCCGUCAGAAGAGACCAGACAGCCGCCGACCUUCUCUCUGCAGCCUGCAAGGUGAAACAGCUGGAUCCGGGCCUGCACUGCCUCCGACUGCACAGGCGAGCGGGGCAGGACGCGGAGGUUCGAUACGUGACAGCCGGAGAGCUCGUCCGCGAUAUGGUCAAUGAUCAGUUGGAGGUUUCCCCAGUUAAUGUGUUUACACUGCACAUGAGCAGGCCGAGCGCCACCGGAGACUUCGGUUUUGCAGUAACAGGACACAUAGACAGCCAAAAGAACAGCCGCAUCUUUGUCAGUGAGGUGCUUCCUGAUGGACUGGCCUUCAAUGAAGGUUUGCGCCCAGGUGAUGAGAUCCUGGUGCUAAACAGUCGGUGUGUGUCCGGUCUGGACCUGACGCUGAUCCAGACAUUGUUCGCCGAACAAUCCCUGCACCUGAGCCUGAGGCGGGACGGUCCCCUGCCGCCAAACAUGGCCUCCAACCAUCCGGCCCUUCCUUCCAAGCUGAACCAGGAGGUUCGCAGCAAGCACCACCGAACCAAGUCCUCCUCAGAUGUGUGUACUGCAGCUGACGGUGUUGAGUCCCUGUGCGUAGGACUGGAGAAUGGUCACUCCCACUGCGCACACAGGCCUGUUCAGCACAGCAAGAGCGUGGACACAGUGUGCACUCUCUACCAGUCCUUCCAGGAAGGGACGGCCUCAGGCGCUGGUGGUGUGAUGGAGGACACCAAGGAACCUCGGGUGAAGCAGGGAGGGGAGUUGGGUUCGGGGCCUGCCAGAGAGGCCACCCUCAUCAGACCUUGCCCCAAGCACAUGAGUGCCACUGAAAGGUUACGAAAGGUCAUCCAGGAGCUGGUGGACACAGAAAAGUCCUACGUGAAGGACCUGGCCUGUUUGUUUGAGAUCUACCUGAAACCCCUGCAGAAUGAAACCUUCCUCACACCGGACGAGAUGGAGAGUCUGUUUGGCAGCCUGCCAGAGAUGUUGGACUUCCAGAGGGUCUUCCUACAGACGCUGGAGGAGAGGAUCGCCUCCUCACCUGACUUCAGCACCCUGGAGACUCCCUCACAGUUCAAGAAGCUGCUGUUUUCUCUUGGGGGUUCGUUCCUCUACUAUGCUGACCACUUCAAGCUCUACAGCGGCUUCUGUGCCAACCACAUCAAGGUCCAGAAGGUCCUGGAGAGAGCUAAGACAGAUCAGGCCUUCAAGGAAUUCCUGGAUGCGAGGAACCCCACCAAGCAGCACUCAUCCACCCUGGAGUCCUACCUGAUUAAACCAGUACAGAGGGUGCUCAAGUACCCCCUGCUGCUCAGGGAGCUGGUCUCUCUCACCGAUGCUGACAGCGAGGAGCACUACCACCUCACUGAGGCUCUGAAAGCCAUGGAGAAGGUGGCCAGCCACAUCAAUGAGAUGCAGAAGAUCUACGAGGAUUACGGCUCCGUGUUUGAUCAGCUUGUUGCUGAGCAGACUGGCCAUGAUAAGGAGGUCACAGAGAUCUCGAUGGGAGAGUUUCUCAUGCAUUCCUCAGUUGUCUGGCUCAACCCACAUCCAUCGUUGGGUAGAAUGAGAAAAGAUCCCGAAAUGACCGUGUUUGUGUUCAAGAAAGCGGUGAUAUUGGUCUACAGGGAAAACAACAAGCUGAAAAAAAAGAUGGCCAACCCUCGAUCAGCACUUUCUCACGGGGAUUCAGACCCGUUUAAGUUCCGAUGGCUCAUCCCGCUCUCUGCACUGCAGGUCAGAUUGGGAAAUACUGCAGGAACAGGCACAGAAAGCAGCUGCAUCUGGGAGCUGAUUCACUCCAGGUCUGAAGUGAAAGGGAGACCGGAGACUGUCUUCCAGCUGUAUAGCAGUGUGCCAGAGAGCAAGGUCAACAUCAUCAAGGUGAUUCGCGCCAUCCUCAGGGAGAAUGUGAGGAGGAACAUGAAGAGUGAGGGGACGAUGGACAGGAGCUGUAAGGAGCACCUGGCCCCCCUGCGCAGCACCCUGCCCUCCUCUGCAAGGCUAGGUUCCUCCAGGGCUUCCUGGUUGUGUAAGCAGCCACUUGGAGAUCUCUCCGCCCAAGCUGGGAAUACCAAGCUGGGGCCAGACUCAGAUGAAGGAAGUCUGAGCUGUGGAACCUGCAGUUCACCAGGGGCUCCUCCACCCUGCACCUCCUCUGACUCUAAUAUUCUCCCUGUCCAGCAGAACUGGUCUCAGACACCUGGGUCUAAUUCACAAUCCCGCUCCACCUCUGUCAAAGAGUCAGAUAUUUUAAGUGAUGAGGAUGAUGACGGCUUUAGUGAGGGGGGAACAAGGAGGGACAGUGGAGACAGCAGCUCCCCAGCUAGUGCCAUUGAGGCUCAAUUUCUCCAACUUAAACUCUCUGAGGAUGCUGUCUCAAAAUGUGCACCGGCACCCUGUGUUCAACCUGAGGGAGUCGGGGACACUCCAGAGACCCAACCCAAACUGAUGCGUGGACACUUCAAUGCUGUUAAGAGGAAACCCAGCAGUUUCAGGAAGAGUCAGGGUGCACUGUUGAACAUGAAGGAGCAUAGCAGGUCACUCGACCAUCAGACGGAUGCAGCAUCAUCAUCUGGGGCGGUGGACUUCAACAUGUUGCUGGAGCGAGAGUUUAGUGUUCAAAGUCUGACGUCUGUAGUCAAUGAAGACUGUUUCUAUGACCCAGCUGAGAGCUGUGCCACCGACUCUGAAAAUACCACCUCCUCCUAGAGAGUAAGGUGGAUGAGACUAUACUGUACCUGGGCCACAGGUUAGUGGUCAUAAGAGGUCAGAGCGGCUGACCCUAGCCCAUUUAUCACAAUAGGGGAAGCCCCUGUCAUCCACUGUGGGCUGUACCAGGGUGACUGUGAAGCUGUGCCUCAAUUCCAAAGUUGGUUUAGUAAGCCACACUCCUGCCUGCUGAAGGGUUAGGUGUAAAUGAUAAAAUCUAAUGAAAACCUAUUGGCUAACAGACCCAGUUUUUCUCCCUAGAGAGGCGAAGCGAGGUGAUUUCUGUCCCCGUGAUUAUGACUGCAAUGAAUCUGCCAAGCACUGAUGCGUACCCGCGAUCACCUCGGCUCUCUUGGCUUUGCCUCCUCCCAACAAACUGUCUGAGUGACGUAUUCCCUCCAAGUUUCCCCUGCAGCUCAUACUGACUGGCAGUUUUUAUUCAGUUUUUGACCUUUUCCAGAAAGAAGUGGGGAGAAUGUCCUUGGUCUGUCAGGUUGGUCCUUCAGUCCCAAAAGUUGUAAGAGGAGGACAAGUCCACAGUGCAUCCUUGAGAUACUGAGGUAAAAAAGGUUUUUAAGACAUCCACUUAGGUGAUUUGGGACAGUUUUGGCACAGCAGGUUUUCACAUGGAUUCAGGAUUGGUGAAGUAUUCAUUUGUAUUUUGGUUUCACAGAACCAAAAGACUGUAGGUCACCACUUACUACGAAUUGUAAUUUUUGUCAAAACUUAAAUGAAAGCAGGCACUGAGUUAAAGCUAUCACAGAGUAAUAAGAUCCACACCAAGAGCUGUGGCUAUCAAGUCAGACUCCCAGACGAGAAGGGGCAUGGGCUUAAAUUAACAGGAAGUAGACUGACUUUUGCAACUAAGCCUUUUUGCGGUAUUUUGUGCACUAAAGUACACUGUUUGCCUAUAUAUUUGAAAUAUUUUUUAUUUGUACAGGUUUUAAUGUUAUUAAUGCUGUUUUUAUUUAUUAAUAGGUUUGAUUAUGUAUAUCUUAGCAAAGUAACUUUUUGGGUGAAGGCUUGAACACUUGGCUAAAGAUUUGGUCUACUCUUAAAUAAAAAAUAUGUAAUACAGUUUGGCGUUUAUUUACUUUUAAAUGUAGCCUGCUGGAUUUUGGCUGUCUUUUGCUGAAGAUUGUAAUUUCCAGUAUUUGCAUUUGAAUGUACAAAUGUUUGAUAUGGCUGCUUAAUUGAAUGAUUUAAACUGCAAUAACGUUUAAAACCCAAUGUUUGUUUUUAUGUUUCUAUGUGUCCUGUAUAUAUGAUCUUUUCUAUCUUUGACACAUUUAUGUAUUCUCUCAUACAUACUUGACACUGUACAGAUGAGAAACAAGGCAGGAAUUUGCAACAAAUGCAACUGAUAUUUUUGUAAAACAUUGUUUGCCAUAGCAUAAAGUACAUGUUGAGGUACUAUAAAAAGGCAAACCACAACAUUUUUACCUUCUCAGCUCAACUUUACCAUGCCUUUAAUGCUAGGAUACCAAUGAAUGUGAAUGCCCCAUUAUUCCAUUCUUAUGGAAUUGUUUUAUAAAUAAAAGUUUUAUUUGUGAA